AUGGCGGUCUCCUGCCUCGUGGUCGCCGGUGGCGGCGCCGGUCCUCGAACGACGAGGCGAGAGUUGAGGCAGAGGAGUAGCAAGGCGAAGGAGAGGCCGUUGGUGGAGGUCUGGUGGGCGUUCAUGACAGUGGUGGCCUCCUGCUGGUCCGGCGGCUGGUCCGGCAACGAGGAGGAGGCAGAGGGGAAUGGGACGAGGGUGCGGUGCUGCUCGGCGGCUUAG